AGGGUGACAUUCUUUUGCCAAACGCCAGGCAGCAUGGACCUCACUCUCCUGUGGCUGCUCCUGCCACUGGUCACCGUGGCCUGGGGUCAGUAUGGUGACUACGGGUACCCGUACCAGCAGUACCACGACUACAGCGAUGACGGGUGGGUGAACCUGAACCGGCAGGGCUUCAGCUUCCAGUGUCCCCAGGGGCAGGUCGUGGUGGCCGUGAGGAGCAUCUUCAGCAAGAAGGAAGGUUCUGACAGACAGUGGAACUACGCCUGCAUGCCCACGCCCCAGAGCCUGGGCGAGCCCUCCGAGUGCUGGUGGGAGGAGAUCAACCGGGCCGGCAUGGAAUGGUACCAGACAUGCUCCAACAACGGGCUGGUGGCGGGCUUCCAGAGCCGCUACUUCGAGUCAGUGCUGGACCGGGAGUGGCAAUUUUACUGCUGCCGCUACAGCAAGAGGUGCCCGUACUCCUGCUGGCUGACGACAGAAUACCCAGGCCACUAUGGGGAGGAGAUGGACAUGAUUUCCUACAACUACGACUACUACAUUCGAGGAGCAACCACCACUUUCUCUGCCGUGGAAAGGGAUCGCCAGUGGAAGUUCAUAAUGUGCCGCAUGACAGACUACGACUGUGAGUUCGCAAAUGCUUAGAUCCGCCACCUGCCGGACCUGGGUGAAGGAAAGGAGGCCUGGAGUCGCACGUGUUAAUGGCGGCUGGAACUCCCGGGGCUGUUUCUGCCGCCCUUUCUCCUCCCCGAUGUGGGAACAGCCAUGCUGGCUGCCUGGGCCUCUCUGACUAGCAUUACUUUUAUAAUUACAUCCACAAUUAAGCCACAUUUCUCGCUUCAACAUAUUCCAAAGCAACUGUCUCCACGCCUGGCGACAGCUCCUUGCAUGGCACAUACCCAGUGUGCUGCUUUGGUCGCCUCUGGGACCCUGACUCGCCUUGCUGCUGCUUUUACCAUAAAAUGAGCUUUAAGUUCAGCACAGUGAACUUGGAGGGAGGGACGGAGAGUGGGAGGGUGGGCAGAGCUUGGAGGGGUGGCGCCCGGGUUCUCUACAGCUAAGUCUGCUGAAAUGACACCAGGGUCCUCACAAGACAGGCCUCUGCCUUGAAGAGACAUGACCCCCAGGAGUCUGCCGAGCUCUGUGCUCGGGGCGAGGGGACCAGCAGGUGAAAGGGGGGCCGCAGGGUUUGAGGGCCGAGCUGAAUCUCCUCAACUCAAAGGCAAUGUCUGUAUACCCAGCGCUGAGGAUGCACGCGGGGGCUGUGGUCAGAGAAAGGUCAGAGAAUGGGACUCAGACGCCAGCUUGGCGAGACGAGCGUGGCCGGGUUGCUCUGGGGAGUGGGAAGGAGUGUGGGGUCACCGGCAGCCAGAGGCUUGCCCACGACUCCCGGGAGGGCUGGUACACGUCUGCAGCCCAGGGGCCGCUGGCCAACCCUCCCACACUGGGCCUGGUUGUCUGGGUGGGAAAGGCAGCCUGGAGGAUCCAUUUCCUGUCUAGGUUAGCAUGGGGUGUCUUCUGCUGAGGUGCCACUGUCUCUUCCUCCUGUGAUGUCCCUGGCCCUUUGUAUUCUCUUCCUCAUAAAAGGAAUAAAACUCUUAACAUAACCAUG